AUGGCUCCCAAGAAGGGGAAGAAGGACAAGGAGCAGAAGGAUGCGGCUGCCGUCGCCCCUGCCAGUGUCAACUUGUCGCCCGCUAUGGCCGAGUUGCUGAACAAGAAGAUCCGAGAAUUCGAGAAAAGCUCAGCCGAGGAGAACGAGAAGUCUCAAAAGGCGCAGAAAGGCAAAGCCCGAACCGCUGCCAAGAACAAGCUCAAAGAGGUGAAGCAGAUUGCCACUGGCACUGCCCCGGAUGCGGAAAAGAUACAGCAGCUGAUCCAGCGUCUGGAGGCAGAAGAUGAGGAGGCGAUGAGCCUCGGCCAGGAUGUGGAAUCCCGGACGAAGGAGCUGACGGACGUCGAGGACAAAGCAGACAGUGCACAGGCAGAGCUGUCAAAGUGCCUCGCCACGAAGUCGAAGCUGGAAUCGCUACUUCGUCAACUCCAACAGCAGACGAACACCCUCAACGAGGAAAGGAGGAAGCUCACAGAUGCGGAGAGGCAGCGGCGUCAGGAUCUGGCGGAUGAGUUCCAACAGACCAUCGCUGAUGUCAAGAAGAAGAUGGAUCAGCAGGCUAGCGAGCGAAGUCGGCUUGCUCUGGAAAACGAGGUCCUUCGAACAAAGUUCAAGGAGUUCUUCGAGAAGUAUGACCUGCCAGGGGCCUGGCUGUGGCGAGAGAAGGAUUUGGCCGAGCAACAGAAGACUCGCGAGGUAGAAGUGAAGGCCUUCGAGCAGAGGCUCACCGAAGCAGCCAGGGCCUACCGCGUCGAGGCCGAGCGGGAGCGGAAAGCAAAGAUGGAAAACGAGCAGCUUACGCAAGCUGAGCAGGCCCUCCGCCAACAGCUGCAGACCUACGGGACCAAGUUUUCUAACUUCCAGGAUGCUCUGUCGAAAUCUGACAAAGUGCUUGGGCAAUACAAGCGGCAGAAAGGCCGAAUGCAACGACGGACCGAGGUCCUCCAGAAAGAGAACGCGGAGCUCCGCGUCCGCAACGAGCGGAAGGAGGCCCAGGUGCUCAAGGAGCGAGAUGCCCUCAUCAAAGAGAAGGCAGACAUGCAGGA